AUGGCGAGCGCCAUCGAAUGCCACUCGCCCUACACGAGCCCUGCGGCGCACUGGAGCUCGCCUGGCGCCUCGCCUUACCUCAAGCAGCCGCCUGCCCUGACGCCGAGCAGCAACCCCGCAGCCUCCGCAGGCCUGCACUCCAGCAUGUCCUCCUACUCGCUGGAGCAGAGCUACUUGCACCAGAACGCCCGCGAGGACCUCUCAGUGGGACUGCCCCGUUACCAGCAUCACUCUACUCCAGUGUGUGACAGAAAAGAUUUUGUCCUCAACUUCAAUGGGAUUUCUUCCUUCCAUCCCUCAGCUAGCGGGUCGUAUUAUCACCAUCACCACCAGAGCGUCUGUCAGGAUAUUAAGCCCUGCGUCAUGUGAACGUGAACGGAAAGAGGCCAAGUGAUGGCCGCUCUCUCCUCUCCCCUCCUCAGAGGGGGCAGAUAGAAACUGGGACGGAUUCACGUCACAUGCACGCGGAUAGCAGUAAGCCGCACACCUGCCACUUAGCCAGAAUGCCCAGGAUCGCGUUGGUCACUGUUAUUUGCCUACUGCUGAAAGAAGGACAACCGUUGGCAAGGUAGCGUUCCCAGUCCGAACACCUGCACGCUCCCACAUGAGGGAGAGGGCAGAUUGAGGAGGUGGGAAAAUGUGCCAUGCGUCAGGCAUCAACGUGUAACUCUGGGAUCUUCGUUGCCUUCAGUAAUCAGGGUCUGAAAAAAGCAGACAAGUUGUGUGUGUGUGUGUGUUUGUCUAAGAAAACUUGUGUGCUUUUCAAAAAGGCAGUGCUAAGCACAAGAUUUCAAGAAAGCCUCUUCUUGUUGCCUAGCUGAGUGGGAGACUCAUUUUCCCCAAACACUACAUUUGGAUACAGGUGCCAAAGAACAUUAUUAAGGAAUUAUUUAGAAACAAUGUGUCUAGUUUAAGAAAGUGGUUUUCAGUAUUGUGACAAUACAACGUUUUUACAAGGUUGUUUUCUACCACCAUAUUUUAAAGAUAUUUUUAUGACCUUCGUGUAUACUCACACUUUGCUUGUAUUUUAAAAGGAGGAUAUAUUUGCACUUAUGUAUACUUUUACAGUUUGCCAAAAUAUUUUGUUGUAAAAUUUUUUUCAAUAAAAUGUAUAUAACAAAUAGU